CUCUCCUCUCGCUCAGUCCGUUAUUCUCACCUUCCUCCUCCUCCUCCUCCACCACCGCCGCCGCCGCCAUCGAUAUCCACUCUCAUCUCUCUCCAUCGCCCGCUGCGGACCACAUCCGCCGCUCUCUCCUGCCCGUCCCCUGUCUCCUCUCUUCUCUUCCCCUGCCUUCUCUCCCCCCCUCCCCCUCGGGCCUUCCCUUAUCUUUUUUCCCUCGCCGCGCUGCCGCUUUGUGUUGAACCAUGUUCCGUCUGGCCGCCUUCAGCGCCAUUCCCCGCAGGCUUGCUGCGUAGACAUGAACUCGUCCACCAGAAAGCGCCAGCGUGCAUCCACUGACCACAAAGGCCACAGUCUGCGCAAGCGAUCCAAAAAGUCCUUCCGCGAGCCUGACUCGGACGACGCUCAGGCCUGGUACAGCGUCUCGUGCAUUGUCGACGAACGCCGACGGCCAGGCAAGCCUCCUGAGUACAAGGUCCGCUGGGAUCCAGACCCGACCACGGGCGAAGGCUAUCCUGAUUCUUGGGAGCCCGAGCAGUAUCUUACCGCCGACUUGCUGGACGAGUGGAGGCAGAACUCCAAAAAGUCAGGUGACCAGGCCGUCGCCCGCGAGCCGCACAGCCAGGCGCCCUUUGUGCCCGACAACAGCUCGCUCGACUCCGCCGCAUCGCCUCCACCCGAGCCUGCUUCUGCCGCCGUCGCUCGGAAAAGAGCCCAGCCGCGGUCGCGCGCCUUGCGCUCGCUCUCGCCCGUUCUCGCCCACUCGGCUCCCUCUUCAUCUUCAUCGCCGAGCCGGUCCACCCCACCCCAUCAAGCGCGCGUGGCCACUUCGACAGGGUCUACGGCCGAAGCCGUUCGCGGUGCCGAAAGCGGACUCAACGACCAGGACGCCACCGCCGGCCUCGUCGUUGUCACAAACCCGCCGCAUUUCUUCCGCCACGACUACCUGGCUGGCCUGUCUCAGCAGGCGGCGCUCCAAGAAACACGCCAGCCUUGGCCGACCUCGCACGGGGACCAGAGCCGACCCACCCCGGAAUCUCAGCCUUCCGUUCAGCCUGCCAACGCUCGUCUUGUCAUUCCUGAUUCACAGAGCCAGGACACCGCAGAAGACAACUACACCAGUCCCACACAACACUCUAUAGACAGUGCAGACCUGCGCCAGCACUCCUCGCCCCUCGAUUUGCUCUCCCCAACUCGUCGCACCCAAAAGCCUUUCGCACCAGUCUCGGAGCCUGAUCACGUCGAGUCCACGUCGCCCACGCCGGAGUUCUACCCUCACAGCUUGCGCAGCGCGACGACAAGUCCCGUCAAGACGUCGAAUCGGCCUGCUCGACAAACUGCGUCUCCUGCACGAAGCCAAAGUCGUGCCGUCUCGCCUCUUGACAGCUCAAAACCCUUGAUUGGGCCCGCCAGCCUCCGCUCCGCGAGCAAGACUCCAUCCAGGACGAUCCAGGUCGCAGCAUCUUCAGCUAAACCAUCCCCUCUGCGACUAUCUCGUGUCCCAUCACCCAGUCAAGAACAGCAGGGCGUCCCGGCAUCUCAUCAGGACGUUUUCCAAUCUUGGGGACAGUCCCCAGAUCAAGCCCCGGUUUCGGCUCGUGUCCUCGCAGCCUUCGAUCAAUCUGCGCAUCUUGGUGCGGCAGAGAGCGGCGGUUUGUCCAGCUCCUCGAUUCCAGAGCCACCUUCUCAAGAUCCUGAGACGCUGGCCUCGAAUCAACCACCUCAACCUGGCCCUUUAACUAUGCCCGGGACACGUCGUUCCGCGCGAAGCACCGUCAUGUCCAACGUAGACUCGACGUCUACUUCCCAUUCUGGUACCCCGAGCCUGCGAAGUGCUCGAGGCAGAGGCUCGAAAUCGGUCGGCCCCGGACGGAAAAAGGGCCUCACAUCGAACCCUUCCGCUGACGAGGACGCGAGAGAAGUUGACGCUUCAGAUCGUGAGUCUGAAACAGACGAGAAGGCUGAGACAGGUCUCAACAGCAGCACUGAGUCUGUAGUGGACGGAGAGUUGCAAUCUCAAACGAUACCGGCCGAGCAGCAGAAUCUGGAGCCGGUCAUGGAUCAUGAUGCCCAAGGCAAUUCGCGACUGGCUGCACGCAUACCCGGAGAUGCGGAUGACGAACCUACCACCACCGGCGACAUGACGGCGCCGGCAGCGGGUCUAGAACCCCGCGUGGACGACACCGCAGACGACUCCGACACGGAAUCCGGCGAGAGCAACGAAGCAGGCCCUCCGUUGGGACGGAUGGAAUUCAUCGUGCCGUUGCCCUUCGCUGGACAAGCGCGAGACCAAUACCGAAAGACAAUCAAGUAUAAUGAGGACUUGAUAGAGAAGUUCACGGGCCGAAAGUGGACCGACUCUCCGUCCACGCUCUUGGACGCGCAGUCUUUUGUCUGCACAAUGCGGGACAUCACGACACACAUCGAUCUGACGAACGAAACGACCGUGUCUCAGACCGACAUCGAACCCUCGGACGUGAUCGAGUGGGACCGAUCAGUCAGCACAAAAUUCAAGCUUCUGUACUACCUAUUGACCAACCUCAGAGAAUCUCAGAUGCACGUUGUCAUCAUCACCCGUCCGGGCAGAGCACUCGACAUCGUGGAAAAUUUUCUGAAAGGCAUGGCUAUAUCGUAUCGGCGACUGGGCGCCUCCCCUGCAGAUAACGACUCUCGGUCGCAGAAGCUGUUGGAGGUUACAAUUAUGUCUUCCGAUGCUGCCGAGCAAGAAGGUGCAUUUUCUGCACUAGCAGCUGUGUCGCCGGCGCGCCUGGUCGUUGCCUUCGAUCCCCUUUCUGACGAGCUAAAACGAUGUAUCCAGCCGAUGCGACAAGAUUCAAUGCAUCCCGAGCGUUUGUCGCCCCUUAUUUCUUUGGCAGUGAUCAACACAAUCGAUCACAUCGAUCACAGCGUUGCUCCGAUGUUCAAAGGUCCCCAAAGGCUCCGAAUCAUGGUCAACUGCUUGACGAAGCUGAGGAAAGAAGCUGGAAGAGACGACAUCGGCCUACCGUCUAUCGAAGAGGCCGCGCAAGAGAUUGCUCAGUUUGUCUUGACGAGUCGUGCCGAGCACGAGUGGCCCAUCCCCUCAAUUGGCCCACUCACGAACAACGACGCAUGGGACCUAUCGCAAGGCUUGAUCUCCAUGAAGUCUGGCACAUCCAGCGAUUCGGAGAAAUCUGGGAAGGUCAAGGCGGCCGCGAAGAAAGCCGCCAAACGUCCGCUUGAGCGAAUCCGGGACGAAGAAGAAGCCGAGGCUAACAAGAAGAUGAGGAUGACGCCUCAACCCGAAGAAGACGGCUCGGAAACACGCACAAGCGAGUCAACGGCACCACAGUCCUCGGAAACGCAGAAGAAUCUCACCGAGGAGAUCAACGCGAUACAGGAGCUGCUCAAGGCGACGGAAAUCCAACUGAAGAUAUCAACAGAGUCGUCUGAAAAGCGCAUCCAAGCGUUAGAGGGUGACCUGGGCGAACUGCAGUUCCGUUUCGAGGAACAGACGUCCGAGAAACGAGCUCUUGCCCAACAGCUGUCGGAAACCAAGGCCAAGCUGGACACAGCCGUCAGACAGCGCGAAUCACGAGACGCGACCAUCGACAAACUCAAAGAAGAGAACCGUUCGUUGAAAAUGCAACUCAGCGAGGCUCACAAUGCACUGCAAGCCUCCCAGAUUCCCGAAAUUGCAGACAUGGAGAGGUUGCGCCACGAAAAGGAACAAGCCGAGAUCGCUAAAAAACGUGCCGAAAAGGCUGCUGAGCAUGUAGAGUCGACCAUAGGCUAUGUACGCCAACAGCUUGACGAAGCACGUUCACGGGCAAUAGAGCUUCAAGAGCAGAAUCGUGAAUACGAGACUCGUAUCGCACUGCUGGAGCGGCAAGUCAACGGAGAAAUCUCAAAGGCUCGACAGCUGUUCCUCGACGAGCGGUCGAGGAGUGAAUCCGCAGAGAACCUGCGGCUGCGGCAAGAGAAUCGCAAUCUGCAGCAGCUCCUGCAGCGUAAGGAGGAAGAACUCAAGAGCCGAAGAUCAGGCAUGGGAACGCGAGCAGGAAGUGUUCCACGCAGUCCUCGUGUAGGCCCUCCCAGCCGCGCUGGUAGUCCCAUACCAGACCGGAGGAUCGGGGCUUUGAAGAACAACAUGAUGCAAGGCCGUAGGCAAUCUAAACCGAAGCAACAGCAACAACAUGACGAUUCGUCUGACGGAUCCAAAGCCGCCGGAAGCUCCACGCCCAUCAUCGCGGAGCCAAAACCACGUUCUGGACGUCCUAUCGAGAUGAAGGCGUUGGAAUCAAAACAGGUUGACGUGAAAGGGCAGGAUGCAAAAACAGCCGAACAGGCGGCUCCGGUUCCGCGACCAGCGGAUAUCCGAACUUCUGUCAACAACUCCAGGCCUUUUCCGUGCGUCUUUGCCCAGUACAAUUGUGGCUCUGCGUUCACAUCUAAAAACGAGUGGAAGCGCCACAUCAGCACUAAACACAUCCAGCUCGGCUUUUGGAGGUGCGACAUGUGUCCACCCUCUCCGGGCAUCGACCAUCCUGUGUACAACGACUUCAACCGAAAGGAUUUGUUUACGCAGCAUCUUCGCCGGAUGCACGCCAUGAACGCCCCGCAGACGCUGCAAGAUGGUGGGGCACAGUCGCCUCAGCCGCCUGGUGCAGGCCCAUCUUCGAACCCUCCAAAUCUCACCGAGGAACAGAUAACGGAGAUCCAGAAACGAUGCUACCGUCAGCUGCGUGCACCUCCAGACGUCUCCAGCUGCGUCUUCUGCCAACGUACUUUCUCAGGUCCAAACAGCUGGGAAGAGCGACUCGAACAUGUUGGAGGACACCUAGAACGCGACCGCAAGAAUGGAACGGCGUGCUUGGAUGUCUCGUCCUGGAGACCCGAUCCUCAGUUGCGAGAUUAUCUUGUCACUGAGGGUCUAGUCGAGAUCGAUCCUCGUGGCGGCUAUCGUAUAGGCGACGGCAAACCCAAGCGGCCCUUGGAUAUUGAAGGCUUCGCUGGACAGGCACCGACGGCCCAGCUUACGCCUCGUGCAAAUCUCACGCAUGAAGCGCACUCUGCAUCAUCCGUCAUUGGAAAAGAUGGUGCUCCCAUGGAUGUGGACGAUUCGGAAGGUUCCAGUGGAAAGCAAAGGCGUCGUGGUCGUCCACCUAAGCGACCGUCGGAUGCAAUGGAGGUCGACGGCCCUCCGGCAAGCACGCCGUCAGCUCAACAGCCAGCAAAUAGCCAACCAUUGCGGAGCCCUCCAGCGAACCAGCAGUAUGGAUCGCAGCCUUCAGGGCAGUCUGUGCAGCAUCCACCGCAGACAACCGUGCAUUCCGCGCCUUCCCCAGGUCACAUCAGUCAUCAGCUGCCUCCGGGUCAAGGUCCUCAUGGUCCGCAUGCGACACAUUCAGGACAUCCCGGUCCUAUGGGACAUCCAACACAAUCCUCGUUCCAUAACCAACCUCACCCGUCGCAGAGUCCACGUGAUAGUGGGCCAACUCCUUAUACGGGUCAGAUCGGUCCGCCUGUGUCCCCGCGACAGUACCAACUACCGCCCGCAAACUUACAAAACAUGUACAAGUUCGAGCACGGAUCUUUCACCAAGUUUCCUGGCACCUCGACCCAGCAAUGGCCUCCGAUUGCAAGACCUACUGCAGACUAUGCCCCUCCAGGGCUAUCGGCUCGCGCACCUGGGCAGCCACAGCUAGCACCCAAACCGGCACCCGAUCCGGUACAGGAAAUCAUGUCCAGGAUAUACGCCAACGCGCCGCAGCUUGCGCCCAAGCCCUUGGUCAACGUUCCGACUCCAGAAACUGGCCGCGACCCGAUUUCGCCGCGUCCACCGUCGCAGGGCGGACCUCCGCCGCAGCAGUUCCAUUCCGGCUUCCGGCCCAUUAACGAGAGUCAGCGUCCUGCCGGGCCGAUCCCGGUCGCGCCGAAGCCCUCACAACCCCCACAGGAAGGAGGACGACAGCUAGCACCAAAGCCUGUGCCUCCCCCUAUGGGCGCUCAUUACACGUCAUACCCAAGGGAGUCGCCUCAUUCGCAGCUCGCACCGCAGCAGCACGUAUCUCAGCACCACUCUCAACAUCUUUCCGCGUCGGCCUCCGAUCCUCCGCCACCCCACACUCCAGGGCCUCAACCACAGCACCAAUAUCAGCACGGUUCGGGGCAUCAAUUAGCCCCCGCACCUUCUCCUAUCUCGACGCAGCCUCAGUCACUCCCACCUCCAACGCAGGCGCACAGCUCUCCUCCACCCACGACGCCUAAGCAAACUGUUGGUGGUCCGGACUUGGAUGACGGCCAACGUAGCGCAAGAGGGCGAAGUUUUCGCGAUGUUGUAAUGUCAUAGAUAUCCCUGCAUGGAUUGAACAAGAAGGACAUCGACACCUUUUUUUUUUACUUCUCUUUUAUCUUGUACAUUGGACGAGAGCCAAGCAUGUGAGGAUGCAGGAUGCGAGGAUCAUCGUGUGAUUUCGGCUAGGUCCUCAUUCCAUGGCAUAUAAAGAAAAAAUUUUUUUGGCAGUGUAGUAUCAAACAUUGGAGCCUUUCUUGCAUGCAUCAGCGUGGAUGGUGAUCUACUUGUCAUUUCUCACUCACAUCGGCCGGCUUAUUGACGGGGAGCAAUUGGUGGCAGGUGUUCGAUGAGUAUUGAUGCAGCAUUUUUAGCGGAAUUUUUUUUCCUGUGUGUUCAUAUACACAUUCUCAAGUUUGACUACUCAUGAAAGAAAUCAUUGACGUUCAUGUUUAUA